CAAAGCAACAAAUAGUGAACCCGUAGAAACAACGAACAACAUCAAUAGUGCAUUCAACAUGAACAUAGAUUUCGAAAUUGGCUUUUCUCUAAUCUAAAAAGACCAGGAGUAAAUGUUGAUAAACUUGAUUGAUUAUAAAACUUAAGGAUUUUACAAGAAGAUUUUUUUUUUUACUAGAAUAGAGACAGAGCAAGUAAAGCAGAGCAAGAUGCAGUUUUCGGAGAAACUGAUUGAGGAAUUUCUACGAAGUAAUCUUGAUGAUAAAAAAGUUCGCAUAAAUGGAGAUGCUAUAAAGAUGGUUGCAGAGAUAGCAAGAUUGAUAGUAACAGAAGGAGCAACAAGAGCAGCUCACCAAGCAAAGACAGAAGGAGCCGACACGGUUACGCUUCAGCAUAUGGAGAAAAUCCUUGCUCAGUUGCUCUUGGAUCUAUAAUGGGGAGAACAGAUAGUAAGAAGAGCAAGUUAUACCAACAUUCCAGUAUUUAGUAGUAUUCUCAUAAAUCAUGUUAUUUGAAGCCGCAGACAGUAUUGUUCAUAAGCUUACACUGGCACUUUUUCCCCAUGAAAAAGGGAAAUGCUGGAAAGAUGGAGUUGGAUAUGAUAUAAUAUCCAAAGGAAAGAUCUGUAUUCUAACAUUUGCUUCAAUUCACAUGACAAUAAAGGACUUCCAUUUGACAGUGUCUAAC